AUUGUGUCCAAGAACGCUAUGCAGUACCGUGGGAAUGCCCAGCAUGAUGCGCAGGAGUUCCUGCUUUGGCUUCUAGACAGAGUCCAUGAAGAUCUAAACAAUGUAGUGAAUUACAGUGGCAUGCCUCCACUCAAGCCACCGCUGGAGGAUGAUGUGCUGUUCGAGGGACCAGCCUUUCCAAUCAGUAGUACUUUUGUGCAGGAACUCUUUCAAGCCCAGUACAGGUCCUCUCUGACGUGCCCUCAUUGCCAGAAGCAGAGUAACACCUUUGACCCUUUUCUCUGCAUCUCUCUACCGAUUCCUUUGCCUCAUACACGGCCGCUUUACAUCACCGUGGUGUACCAGGGGAAGUGCUCUCACUGCAUGCGGAUCGGGGUGGCAGUGCCCAUCUCUGGAACGGUGGCCAGGCUGCGGGAGGCUGUCUCCUCAGAGACCAAGAUACCCACGGAGCAGAUCGUGCUGACGGAGAUGUACUAUGAUGGAUUUCAUCGUUCCUUCUGUGAUACUGAUGACCUGGACACCAUUCAUGAAAGCGACUGCAUUUUUGCCUUUGAGACCCCAGAGAUAUUUAGGCCCGAGGGUAUCCUCAGUCAGAGAGGAAUACAUGUGAACAAUAACCUGAAUAACUUGAAAUGUGGCACUGAGCACUCCCGAACAAUACCGUACUCUCAAGGAACAGUGAAGUCUGGAAAACUGGAACAGUCCUCUACUAAACCAGCAGCGAACGACAAGAUUGUCUUGCUGGUGUGUAACAGAGCGUGCACUGGACAGCAGAGCAAAAGGUUUGGCUUGCCCUUUGUGUUGCAUUUGGAAAAAACAAUUGCUUGGGAUAUUCUGCAGAAGGAAAUUCUGGAGAAGAUGCAGUAUUUCCUGCGGCCUACAGCCUGCAUGCAGGUUUGCCCAUUCAGUUUGCGAGUGGUCAGUGUUGUAGGCAUAACAUACUUGCUACCUCAGGAGGAGCGACCUCUCUGCCAUCCAGCAGUGGAAAGGGCAUUGAAGUCAUGUGGACAGGGGGGAACUGCUCAUGUGAAAUUAGUGGUAGAAUGGGACAAAGAAACUAAAGAUUACUUGUUUGUGAAUACAGAAGAGGAGUAUAUUCCAGACUCUGAAAGUGUCCGCCAGCAGAGAGAGCUUCAUCAUCAACCUCAGACCUGCACUUUAUCUCAGUGUUUCCAACUGUACACCAAAGAGGAACAGCUUGCCCCAGAUGAUGCAUGGCGAUGCCCACACUGCAAGCAGCUGCAGCAGGGUAGCAUCACACUGAGCCUCUGGACCUUACCUGAUGUCCUCAUCAUACAUCUUAAAAGGUUUAGACAGGAAGGAGACCGAAGGAUGAAACUUCAGAACAUGGUUAAAUUCCCCCUGAGUGGCUUGGACAUGACUCCGCAUGUUGUUAAACGCAGUCAGAGCAGCUGGAGUCUGCCAUCUCACUGGUCACCCUGGAGGAGACCUUAUGGUCUCGGAAGGGAUCCUGAGGACUAUAUCUAUGACCUGUAUGCUGUCUGCAAUCAUCAUGGCACCAUGCAAGGGGGACACUACACCGCAUAUUGCAAAAACUCAGUUGAUGGCCAGUGGUACUGCUUUGAUGACAGUGAUGUUCAGCAACUUUCUGAAAAUGAAGUCUGCAAGCAGACAGCUUAUAUUCUUUUCUACCAGAGACGCACAGCAAUCCCAUCGUGGUCUGCUAACAGCUCUGUGGCAGGCUCCACAAGCUCCUCACUCUGUGAGCACUGGGUCAGCCGUCUUCCUGGUAGCAAGCAACCCAGCAUUGCUUCAGCAGCAUCAUCGCGGCGCACAUCUCUGGCUUCACUCUCAGAAUCGGUAGAGCUGACUGGGGAAAGGAGUGAAGAUGAUGGAGGAUUUUCAACUCGGCCAUUUGUGAGAAGCGUCCAGCGUCAGAGCUUGUCAUCCAGAUCUUCUGUUACCAGCCCACUGGCAGUGAGUGAAAACGGUGUCAGGCCCUCGUGGUCGCUCUCUGCAAAACUGCAGUUGCGCUCCAACUCUCCAUCACGCUUCUCUGGAGAUUCCCCUGUACAUACCUCUGCUUCCACCCUGGAGAAGAUUGGGGAGGCUGCUGAUGAUAAAGUCUCCACCUCUUGCUUUGGCAGCCUGAGGAAUCUCUCUAGCAGCUACUUGGAGCCCUGUGAUGGCAGUCGGCGAGAGCACAGGAUGGCUCGCAGAGCUCCUUUGGCUGUCAUGGAAGGGGCAUUCAGGGAAGAGUCUGUUGUAAGGACAUCUAGCUCAGAUCUUUCAGAUGAAUAUGGUAAAAGCUCUGUGCAGCCAGACAGGAAUCACCCUGCUUUGGACCCUUUUGAUAACAACAAUCAAAUCGCCUUUGUUGAUCAGAGUGAUUCUGUGGAUAGCUCUCCAGUCAAGGAGGUGAAAGCUCCCAGUGGGACAGGGCUGGCUGCAGAGAAGGCAGAUGACACCCCUAAGAAGAUUCACAGCUCCAAGGGGAUUUCUGAGCCAGACAAAAGUUUGAGGAAGGGAAGGACAGUCUUAUCUACCCAAGAGACCAAAGUCUCUCACUCUUCUCCUCCUGCACUAAAGAGUUCCCAGAAAGUUUCCCGGUCUAGAAGUAAGAUGGACUCCUCUAGGGCCAGUGGGCGACAUGGGUCUCCUGCUCCCACUCAGGCUAGGAAGGACCAUAGCACGAAGCCCCUUGAGGUGGCUCUCCCAUCAGCUCUACAAAAGCAAAAGUCGGGUGGUUCUCCAUCCUCCACAGCUGCCAAGAGAACCCCAUCAAGCUCAUUGACUAAGGGCUCUUCUGCUGGGAAGAGCCGGACUUCAGACCGAAGCCUCAGCAGGGAGGGCUCUAAGAUAAGUCUGGGGUCGGAUAAAACAAGUGUUACCAGCAGUUCAAGAACAAGCUCCCCACGGAUAAGCCACUCUAGGAGUGACAGCAGGGCAGUAGACAGCAAGCACGUGCGGAGUUCCUCUAUGGCCAGCCUGCGGUCUCCAAAUGUUGGUGUGCGUUCUGGUUUGAAGAGGGACAGUAAGUCAGAAGAGAAAGGAUUGUCUUUCUUUAAAUCAGCCUUAAGGCAGAAGGAGACACGACGGUCAGCAGACCUGGGGAAGACAACGAUGCUCUCAAAAAAGGCAGGGAGUGGCAGUUCCAAGUCAGGCAGUAAAAAUGUGCUGGAAGACAAAUCAGAGAAAGGUGUUGUCCCACCAGCCUCUCAAACCAAUGCCAGCAUUACUGCAAAAGAAAAACUUGUCCCAAAAGAUGCCACACCCAACAAACACUCUCUGCUAUCUAGUCGCAAGUCCAAGUCUUCCCAGAUAGAUCCCGGAGUCCAGUCUCCUCCUUCUAGUGGCAAGCAGUCUGCUGACAAGCCACUGAAAAAAUUACCUUCUAGCAUGCAGGUGUCUGUACGGCCUUCUCUGGAACCUCAGUGA